AAAGCAUUUAACAGAAUAUGCCCACUCCCUCUCUCGUCUCUCUCUAAAAACCCGAGGCUUCUGGCUGGGAAAUCUGUGCCUGGUAUUGGUCGGAAAACAAAGGGCCUCUCUGAUUCAAAAACUCUUCCCCUUCCCCUUUUCCUCUGUUCCCUUCCCCAUCAACUCAUCCCCACCAACACGGUCUUCAGCAUCUGUGUCUCAAUUCUUUACAGCAAUCAACUUUCUAGGGUUUAUACUCUGUCUCUCUGAGAGUCAUGUCUCCACCAAAACCUUUUUUGGGUAUACUACUGAUUGUUGGAUUCUUGUUGGGUUUUGUGAGAUCCCAUCAAAAUCAGACUCAGUCGGCGUAUGAAAUAUUGGAGAGCUACAAUUUUCCCAGGGGGAUCCUCCCCAAGGGGGUGAAGAGCUACGUUCUGAAAGAUGAUGGAAGCUUUGUUGUCCAGUUUGGUGGGUCCUGCAAAUUCCAGAUUGAGGCGGGCUACACGUUGGAUUACAAAAGCAGGAUCACCGGCGUUCUGAAAUAUGGGUCGCUGAAGAACUUACAGGGAGUGAGCGUGAAGAUCCUCUUCUUCUGGUUAGGCAUCUCGGAGGUGGACAGGGGAGAAGGGAAUUUGGAUUUCUACGUCGGUCCCCUCUCUGCGUCCUUCGGGCUGUCGAAUUUCUAUGAGUCCCCGCAAUGUGGUUGUGGCUUUGAUUGCGACGACGUCAAUGGUGGAGGCGGCAGCAAGCAGUUGAUAGCCGUUUCAUAGGUUUUUCUUAUGUUCUUGGUUGGCGUCUUGGCGACCUUAUUGUGUUCUAGAUUUUUUUUUCUCUUUUGCUUCUUUUUUUGUUUCUUUGCUCUUUGCAUUUGUUUAUGGCGCGUUAGGUUCUACAAUUCAAAUGGAAUCAAAUCUAUUACUAGAUGAAGUUA